AAACCGUUCAGAUCACCUGUCCAAAACGGCGCGGCUGAGGAGGCGGGGACGGGGCGGGCUGAGCGGAGCCGCCCUGCUGGCUCAGCCGGAGCGCCAUGGUGGGCUCCAUCCGAGCCUGGACCCGCAAUGUGCGCGCAGCUCGCCCCCGGCAGCUCGGUGCGUCUUUCUCAGCUCGGAGCCCGAGCGGCGGUACAGCGCUUCAGGCCGGAAUGGAGUACCAGGAUGCCAUCAAUAUGCUGAACUCCCUGCAGUCCAAUGCCAGCACCCUGGAACAGGUGCGUCAGGGAUGUAACCAGCCGCUGCUCCAGUUGCAGGCUAUGAAGGUCUUUCUGGAACGUUCAGGCCUCUCGGAGGAGGAGCUGGACUGCCUCAAUGUCAUUCAUGUGACCGGGACAAAGGGCAAGGGAUCGACGUGUGCCUUUACCGAAAGGAUUCUCAGGAAUCACGGCUUCCGCACUGGAUUUUACAGUUCCCCCCACCUUGUGCACGUCCGGGAGCGAAUCCGGAUCGACGGACAGCCAAUUACCAAAGGUCUCUUCACAAAGUACUUCUGGGAUUUGUACAGUCGGUUGGACUCCACUAAGGCCAUCUAUGGGGGCUGCAUGCCCGCCUACUUCCGCUUCCUUACCCUCUUGGCCUUCCACGUCUUCCUGCGGGAGAAGGUGGACGUGGCAGUGAUCGAGGUGGGCAUUGGGGGGGCCUACGACUGUACCAACAUUCUCAGAAAGCCGUGGGUCUGUGGGAUCUCGUCUUUGGGGAUCGAUCACACCAGCAUACUGGGGGAUAGCAUUGAGAAGAUUGCCUGGCAAAAAGGUGGCAUCUUUAAGCCAGGGGUUCCUGCCUACACUGUCAGGCAGCCUGAGGGUCCCAUGAAGGUGCUACAGGAGCGAGCCAGAGAGAUCGGGUGUCCACUCUGCGUGUGCCCAGACCUGCAGGAGUACGAGGACCCGGGUCGGCCGCUUCGUUUGGGCCUUGCUGGGCAGCACCAGCGCUCCAAUGCCGCUCUUGCCCUCCAGCUGUCUUGGAGCUGGCUGCAGCGCCAGCAGGUGGCAGGUAACUGGUGGCCAGUGCUCUCCAAGGAAACUGCCUCCGUUUCCAUGGCAAUGCCAUUCCCACCCAGUUCCGCUAUGAUAAAAGGGCUGGAGGACACCGAGUGGCCGGGGAGGGGCCAGAUCUUACGACAUGGUUUCCUGACCUACUAUCUGGACGGGGCCCACACCAGACGCAGCAUGCAGGCCUGCGUGCGCUGGUUCCUCCAGGAGGCCUCCAGCCAGGAGAGGGCGCUCAGGGGCCCGGUGGUGCGGCUGCUGCUCUUUAACACCACGGGGGAGCGGGACUCAGCCGCUCUCCUCAAGCUGCUGGUGUCCUGCCAGUUUGACUUUGCCGUUUUCAGCCCCAACAUCAUACAGACUGUUGGCUCAAAUGAAGCCCCCCCGAAUCCCAGCGUGGAGAACAUGCUUUCUCGUUGCCUGGACAACCAAAGCAGCUGGCGGAGCAUGAGUGGCCAGAGGGAGCGACUGGAGGCCGAACGAGUCAUCCCAUGCGGCAUCCCCCUUGUGGCCGGGCUGAGGAACGACACCCUCGUGUUCCCCUGCAUCCUCAGCGCCCUCCAGUGGAUCAGCCAGGGAAGGGACUCUGUCCUGCUGCUACCAAAGGAGCAUGUGAUGCAGAUUCACCCUGCCGUCGUGUCCAGAGCCCUGGAGCUGCGGGAAGCUGCGGGGGUCCAGGUUCUCAUUACCGGAAGCCUGCACUUAGUUGGGGGGGCCCUAAGGCAUUUGGAUCCUGCCAUGCUGAGCAGCUAGCUGGAGUGUUCUGAUUGGCUGAUUUUUAGAUACUUCUAGCCUGAAGAGAGAACCUUUUUGGGUUAAAUGUCAUGUGAUCAAGCUACUGCCUGCCUUCUCGUGUCCUUUUAGAAGCCCCCCCCCCCUCACAAUGGGAAACUCCGUGUUGUUUUCU